CUACAUUUCCCACAAGACAAAGGAGCGUGUCCGCAACCGUAGGGGGCACUGGGAUUGAUAGGGAUGUUUCCAUCAUGGCGGCAUCCAUUUCAGGCUACACUUUUAGUUCUGUGUGCUAUCACAGCGCCAACAGCAACUCGGAUCAUGAAGGCUUCCUAUUGGGGGAUGUGAGGCAGGAGGAGACCAUCAGCAUCAGUGAUGCACAAAUUAGCAGUUUGGAGGUGCUGCAGGUUGUAGAAAUUCAUAACCAUGACCCUUGUGCACAGUUGUUUAGCUUUUAUGACUACGCGGGUAAAGUCAGUUGGGAAAAUCUCAACAGCAUUCUUAAAGAUAGGCGAAAAAACGUCAUUGGUUGGUACCGGUUUCGGAGGAACACGCAGCAGCAGAUGUCGUUCAGAGAACAGAUCAUCCAUAAACAGCUCACCCGGUUGCUCGGUGUGCCCGACCUCGUCUUCCUUCUUUUCAGCUUCAUCUCUACUGCCAACAGCUCCACACACGCAAUGGAGUAUGUGCUCUUCAGACCAAACCAAAGUAGGUACAAUCAGAGGAUUACACUCACGAUCCCAAAUCUUGGCAACACAAGCCAGCAGGAAUACAAACUCUCCACAGUACCUAACACCUCACACAGCUAUGCCAAGGUCAUCAAAGAGCAUGGGGCUGAGUUCUUUGACAAAGAUGGUGUAAUGAAGGAUAUCCGAACAAUAUUCCAAGUCUACAGUGCACUGCAGGAUAAAGUCCAGGCUGUUUGUGGAGAGGUAGAGCAAAGCGAACGUGUGAGAGAAAAACAUCAAGACGAGGUGAACAAACUUAAACAACAGAUUGCUCUCAGGAAGCGCAUGACUGCUGAGCUUGAAAGACGGCUCCGUGAGGAAUCCCAUUCCCUAUGUGAAGAGAACACAGAACCCUGCCAGGCUUCCCCUCUUUCCAGAAUAACGUUUGAUGCUCCCUCUGCCCCAGAGCGACCCAGUACCUCACCAAACCCCCCAUCCUAUACUGACCUCUUAUCCCAAGAUGACAAUCUGCUCUCCUCCUCUUCCCCACCAACCAGUGCUGCUCUGUUGCCUCGGCCCCAAGCUGUGGGCUCACCAGGGCACCCAACACUGGUCCCUGUGCAGACGGACCUGGGACUCGGCCUCAGGCCAAGCAUGGGCUUUGGGGCCAGUUUGAGUCCUGUUAGCACUCCCAGUACCCCGUACCUUGGCAACGGUGAUGGAUCAAGCUCCGAUUCUUUAGACAGACAAGCUGCUGGGCAGGAAGACGAUGACGAUGAUGAAGACGAUGAUGAAGACGAUGCCGACGAGGACAGUAGUGAAUAUGAGAACUUAGUGAGUGAAGGAUCUCAUUUGCCUCUGGUCUCAGUCCGCGUUUUAGCUCAAGGCCGACCAGCCUCCCUCAGCCCUGAAGGGGACGCCCGUGGCUCACCAAUGACAUAGAAACGACCAUAGGAUGUGUGAAGGACACGAAUAAGCGACACACCUUUUAAAGGUGGGCAUCUGAAGCAAUCAAAGAUAAGCAAAUGUAGACAAAAGAAGUGCCAGUCCUGAAAGAGAAAGACAUGCCAGGUGAUUUCCCACCCUGUAAUUCAACAUUUUUGGGGAAUCCUUGCAAGGCUUUGCAAAUAUGUCUCACUUGGGUAAAACUUGUCUGUUUUUAUAUUUUUGAGGCCGUUUAAGGUACUUAAAUGUGGACCUGUCUGAGUUCCGAGUCAGAUGUGGAUUAAACAAAGCAAUUAGCCAGCUGGUUGGCAAACUUGCUUUUGAUAAAAGAGCCCUACACUCUGAUUAUGUUUGUUUUCUGCAUCUUUUUGUGUUGCAUUUGCAUCACCAAUUUGAAGCGCUGUUUCUUGCAUUACUUCUUGCACAACUUAUUUUUUGUUCUUAUUUUUUUCCUUUCAAGCUAUCCCUUUAAGAAAGUAAAAAGGGACAUUUUUUUCUACUGCCCUUAAACAAUUUUAAACAAAGGCAAUUGAUUACUGACUUAUUGGACUCUGUCUUCCACAGUGUCUAAUGAUUUAAAUCAAAACAGUUGCCCCUGUUUAAAUGAAUAGAUUACAAGACAAAUUUACUCUGCCACUUCCACUAUGGGUGCUUUAUAACCGUUUUAAUUUAUUUAUAUAUAUAUAUAUAUAGAUAUAUAUAUAUAAUAUGUCACAUUAACAGUUGCUCUAAUUUGAUUGGGAUUAUUGGUGUCUUGUUUCUAGGAUUAUUUGUAUGUGCUUUGCUGCACUGAAAACUUAAAAUUUCUUCUCUGUUUUGCUUUAUCAAUGCUGACAUUUUGUGCCAGUUGUCCCUUUUAAACACCUAGAGCCGAUUAAGACUUACCAUUCUUUUCUUUUCUUUUGCAUUGUACAGGGUUCAUGGGGCAAGCACGGUGUACUGUAGCUUUACUAGCUACAGCUUAGCUUUACUCUGCAACACAGAGAGCUACUAUUAAAAGUUGCAUCUGUCUGUUUUUUGUUUCAUAUAAAAACCUGGCUGCUACCUUCAUUUUUUACCAUGCUGGUUGUCUCAAUACUACUGACCGGGCUUCUAUAACCACUUCCAACACACUUUAUCACUGAUGUGUCUCUAUUAAAGCUGUAAUGGAAGGUCUCUGUAGUGUGUGAAUCAUAACCAUGAGUAACGGAGAACAAUGUCUUGCCUUCUUGUCUUUGCAUAGUUAACAGCAGCGCUAAUGUAUUCCCACCUGCUUGGGCCGGCGUUUCGUGUGUGGACCUUGAUAAUGUGAUUUGUUUUUGUUUUUUUUAAACCAUCAAGACCCUGCUUUAGUAUACAGUGCCUUCCACUCAGGACAGCUUUUGUGUCUGCACUUGGAACCAAGAUUUCAGCAGAGCAAUGAAAGUAGAUAAACAUCUUAUGUCUUUUCCAUCAAAGGCUUCCAGUUUUGUUUUUUACUUCAAGGUACUGCAUCUAUUUUCUUCACUGCCUGAAUGUUUUCGAUCAAAUAGGCAUGGGCCAGUAUAAGUAUACAAAUGUAAAGCACGAUCUAAAUUUAUUUAUUAAAAAACAAAAAAGCAAUGACAAUUUGUACUGAUACUAAAAAAAUCUCAACACGUUGACUGUUCCGUGUACAAUAACGUUCCUGAUCACCUCUGUUAUUUUGAUAUUUAUACAUAGACUUAAGCAAAAUAAAUCAUGACUCAACACUCACUUAAUAUAGUAGCAGUUUUUAAGUAAAUGUAGUUAUUUCACAGAAAAUUGUCCUUUGCAAGGGGAAACCUUCUUUCAGGAAGCUGGCCACCACUGCGCAGCAAGAAGUUGGGGAGAGGCCGACCUGAGCUCUUUUAUGCCCUACACUGCGGAACAAAACUUCAGUACGUUGUCAGGCCUCCCCUUAAAAGGACUUUUUGUUUGCUGUUUUUAAACCUUAGUAUAAGGUAUGAAAUUCUCAAGGUACGAUAACAUUUACAAAAAAAUGAAAAAGACAGACCGGGCAAAUAUUGAGAUAGCACUGUUUCCACUCUGAAUGUUUAUCGCAGCUAGGAAUAUUUACAGAUACUUUGUGUCUUGAAAGUGAUUGAAAUGUGUUGUUGCCUCUUUUUCAGCCAGCUGACUGGCAGCUAGAUGUUGCUCUCAUCUCCACUGGGGCACAGAAAACUGCAGCCCAGUCUGGGACAUUUUUGAGCAUCGUAUUAAGAAAGACUAAACUAGGAAUGGUAUAAUGUAAAAUAUUUGCUUUGGUAUACCUCGAUACAGGUAACUGGCCCAUGCCUAUUGUCUACCUGAAACUACUUCCUGAGUUUGGUUUGUUACCUACUUGUUGAAACUGGAAAAGCAGCCAAGUCCAAUGAACUGAAAAGCCUGCAAGGAAAAGUUGAUGCGUGAAGGACUGACGUGCAGAGGAAUGCUUUUGCAGAUGACGCCAGCUGGAGUGGUGGUUACCUGGGUUGUGGAGCACCUUCUUUGCAUGAACUGGUGAAUUCUAGACAUUGUUAAAUUUAGCAUGGACUCAUGUUUGCACUGCACCAGAUGUAUUUUGUGGUGGGGAGAGGCUUUGUCUUGUGAACAAGCUUGGCUUUUCUUAGAUAAACUGUUUGUCAUUUUUUGCUUUCACUUGCCCUGAUGUGUAAUACCAGUGCAUUACUGACCAGGAACUGGCACUCAAAUGUUGCAUAAUGACCUAGAGUAACAAUCGUGCAAAGAAAAAUCAAAUAACUGAGUUUUUGAGGAGUGUGAUUUCCUUGGAAUACUGAAAUGAGGAAAUGAAUAAUGAAUGUAUAUUAGACAGUAGUGGGUAACAUAUAAACAGCACUUACUGUACUGUAAAACCUUGUCUCAGAUGAGUGAUUUGAUGGUAUAGAGCAACAUUUCACAGAGAUGGUCCUCUUGUAAUCUUUCUUCUCAACACCCGUUGAAAACGUUUGGUGGGGUUUGGCUGGGGUGAAAACUUGCAGGGCUUUAGUACAGAGGAUUUAACAUAUGUGAGAAUCUACAUUGUUUAGAUUAAUAGGUUUUCAAGUUGCAGCAUUAUCCAAAUGUAUACUCGCGUACUCUCACUGUAUGGGGUGACCUUUUGCCUCCAUUGAGUAACAUAAUCACCUCCUUAAAGCACAAAGUCCAGUGCAAACACCUUAGAUCUUCUGGAAUUUUAUCUGGAUUUAUGUACAUGAUGAACGUUGACCACAGACGUGUUUGGUUAAGCAUAGAGAACAAGGUGGUCAAACUGAGGGACAAUAAAUAAGACAUUCAUAUGUGA